AGAAGGCUGAAUCGCCGAAUGCUCAAAGUCCCCUAACCCAUCGAGGGACAUCGCAGGCUCUUUCUCUCUCUUCAAUCUCUCUCUUUCUCUCUCUACCCAGUUCGUCCUUCUUCUUAAUCUAUACCAGAUACCCAUAUUCUAGUUUCACUUUUUGACAAGAUCACUUGAAGGCAGUCAUGGCUAGGGCUCUGGUUCAGUCUCAUAUUCUUUCUGUACAUGCUGGUGAAAGGAAUAGUCAAUUAAAGGGAUAUGGAAAACCAACAACAACAACAACAACAAGCCAUUUCCCAACUUCUUGGGGUCAGCUAUCUGGAAAACCAAAAAGGAGUGUUAAAAUGAUGCUUAGUUUACAAAUGCCUGCACUGAGGAUAAGGAGUUUCUCAGGAUUGCGAGGAUCCAAUGCUUUAGAUACUAUGCUAAGACCUGGCCAGGAUUUCCAUUCCAAGGUGGCAGCUGUAACCACAAUCAGGCGAGGAAGGGCUAAUCGAAUUGCACCGAAAGCAAUGUUUGAGCGAUUCACUGAAAAAGCAAUAAAAGUUAUUAUGCUUGCACAAGAAGAGGCAAGACGACUUGGUCAUAAUUUUGUUGGCACAGAGCAGAUUUUGUUGGGUCUUAUUGGUGAAGGCACUGGCAUUGCUGCUAAGGUUCUCAAAUCCAUGGGAAUCAAUUUGAAAGAUGCACGCGUGGAAGUGGAGAAGAUCAUUGGAAGGGGAAGUGGAUUUGUUGCUGUGGAGAUUCCAUUUACUCCUCGUGCAAAGCGUGUUCUUGAACUCUCACUAGAGGAGGCCAGACAGCUUGGCCAUAAUUAUAUUGGAUCUGAGCAUUUGCUGCUGGGAUUGCUUCGUGAGGGUGAAGGUGUGGCAGCCCGUGUCCUUGAGAACUUAGGUGCUGAUCCAAGUAACAUUCGCACACAGGUUAUUCGAAUGGUAGGAGAGAAUGCAGACAACACUGUUGGUGUUGGUGUUGGAGGCGGAUCCUCUGGCAACAAGAUGCCAACACUGGAAGAGUAUGGCACUAAUUUGACAAAGCUGGCAGAGGAGGGUAAACUGGAUCCUGUUGUUGGAAGGCAACAGCAAAUCGAACGCGUGACUCAAAUUUUGGGUCGGCGGACAAAAAAUAACCCCUGCCUUAUUGGAGAGCCUGGUGUUGGAAAAACUGCCAUUGCAGAAGGCCUUGCUCAACGAAUUGCGACUGGUGAUGUUCCCGAAACAAUUGAGGGGAAGAAGGUUAUAACUCUGGAUAUGGGUCUUCUUGUUGCUGGCACAAAAUAUCGUGGAGAGUUUGAGGAAAGAUUGAAGAAGCUGAUGGAGGAAAUCAAGCAAAGUGAUGAAAUAAUACUAUUUAUUGAUGAGGUGCACACACUAAUUGGAGCAGGAGCAGCAGAGGGGGCAAUUGAUGCUGCUAACAUUUUGAAACCUGCUCUUGCAAGAGGUGAACUGCAAUGUAUUGGCGCAACAACACUUGAUGAAUACAGAAAGCACAUUGAGAAAGACCCCGCUUUAGAGAGGCGUUUCCAACCGGUUAAAGUGCCUGAACCCACUGUUGAUGAAACUAUUCUGAUUCUGAAAGGGCUGCGAGAACGAUAUGAGAUCCACCACAAGCUUCGAUAUACAGAUGAAGCUUUAGUUUCUGCUGCACAAUUGUCGUACCAGUACAUCAGUGAUCGUUUUCUGCCUGAUAAAGCAAUUGACUUGAUUGAUGAAGCUGGUUCUCGGGUCCGACUUCGUCAUGCACAGCUCCCGGAAGAAGCCAGAGAGCUUGAGAAAGAGCUCAGGCAAAUCACCAAAGAGAAGAAUGAGGCUGUUCGUAGCCAGGACUUUGAAAAGGCUGGGGAGUUACGUGAUAGAGAAAUGGACCUUAAAGCACAGAUUUCGACGCUUGUGGACAAAGGUAAAGAGAUGAGCAAGGCAGAAACUGAGGCAGGGGAUGCAGGUCCUGUUGUGACAGAGGUGGACAUUCAGCACAUUGUUUCUUCUUGGACCGGCAUACCUGUCGAAAAAGUGUCAACUGAUGAAUCUGACCGCCUCCUCAAGAUGGAAGAGACCCUACACAAGCGUGUUAUUGGCCAGGAUGAAGCUGUCAAAGCCAUCAGCCGUGCUAUCCGUCGUGCCCGUGUUGGACUAAAGAAUCCCAAUCGACCCAUUGCUAGCUUCAUCUUUUCUGGUCCAACUGGCGUUGGGAAGUCAGAACUGGCAAAAGCACUAGCUACCUACUACUUUGGCUCUGAAGAAGCCAUGAUCCGGCUGGAUAUGAGCGAGUUCAUGGAGAGACACACCGUCUCCAAGCUCAUUGGUUCACCUCCUGGCUACGUAGGUUACACUGAAGGUGGCCAGCUUACUGAGGCUGUUCGGCGACGUCCUUACACUGUUGUACUCUUUGAUGAGAUUGAGAAGGCUCACCCUGACGUCUUCAAUAUGAUGCUUCAGAUUCUUGAGGAUGGAAGGUUGACGGAUAGCAAAGGCAGAACCGUGGACUUCAAGAAUACUCUUCUGAUUAUGACAUCGAAUGUUGGAAGUAGUGUGAUUGAAAAGGGAGGACGCCGAAUUGGUUUUGAUCUUGAUUAUGAUGAGAAGGAUAGCAGUUACAACCGAAUCAAGAGCCUGGUGACAGAGGAACUGAAGCAAUACUUCAGACCAGAGUUCCUAAACAGGUUGGAUGAGAUGAUUGUGUUCCGGCAGCUGACGAAGCUGGAGGUGAAGGAUAUAGCAGAUAUAAUGCUUAAGGAGGUUUUCGAGAGGCUGAAAACCAAGGAUAUAGAGCUUCAGGUAACGGAGAGGUUCAGAGAUAGGGUCGUGGACGAAGGAUACAACCCAAGUUAUGGGGCAAGGCCCUUAAGAAGAGCCAUAAUGAGACUCUUGGAGGACAGCAUGGCAGAGAAGAUGCUUUCAAGAGAGAUCAAAGAAGGUGAUUCAGUUAUUGUUGAUGUCGAUUCUGAUGGUAAUGUGACUGUUCUCAACGGUAGCAGUGGAGCCCCUGAGUCACUACCAGAGCCAAUUCCUGUGUAGAUCAAACAUUUUGACCUUUGCUCUGUCGUUGUCUGUACUGCAGCUUUUCUUUCAAAUUGGUUAUGUUUAUUCUUGAAACGGCUGGCUGGCAGUAGGCAGAAUCUGCUUCAUUAAUUUAUAGCGAGUUUUAAGGCUGUACUAUUACGCUAUUACGCUACGAUUGCAUGUAUAGUUUAUAUCAGAUGGUAGAAUUUUGUUUAGUGUUUUGGUUUAUAGAGUGAUCCUAACAAGAUGACAUGUUUGGUGUUGGUUUUACAGAGUGAUCCUAAUAAGAGGACAUGUUUAUUAGGUUGAA